AUGCAGAGCUUCAUGGCACUGCUCAGGAGGGUGCGGGAGCGGCCAACAUCCGACGGCGCUUCUGCGCCCAGCACCUCCGGGACCUCGGAACUCCGGGAGAAGGGCCGGGGCGGGCUGCACAGCGCGGCCGCCCGCGGAGACCUGGCGCGGCUGCAAGGAAUCUGGUGGCGGAAGAGAUUCCGCAUCAACUCACGGGAUGCCAACAAGCAGACGCCUCUGCAUCUUGCUUGUGCGAACGGCCACGCAGAUGUCGUUCGCUUUCUGGCAGGAAAGAAGUGCAAGCUGAACCCUCGUGGCAUGUAUAAGAAAACACCACUGAUGCUGGCAGUACAGCACCAGCACAAGGACUGCGUGACCGCUCUGCUGGAGCACGGUGCCGACGCCGACCGCAAAGGUGCCGGCGGCAACACUGCCCUUCACAUGGCUGCCCUCAUGCCCAGCAAAGCGAUGGUGGAGCUCUUGCUCGAGCACAAUGCCCAGAUUGAUGCUCGGAAUGACUUAGGAUACACUCCGCUUGCCGUCGCGAUCAUCGAGCGCCGUGAAGAGAUGGUCGAGUUCCUCCUUGAAAAGGGAGCCGACGUGAACGCUCGAGAUAUUCAUCAAAGGUGA